AUGAAAGAAACACUUUCUGUUUUGUGUCUUGUCCUUCUUGUUUCGGUUUCCGAAGCAGCAAUCACUAAACCACCUCUUGGAGAAUUCCUCAGAUGCCUUCGUUCUUGGCCUAGUCCCGAGAAUCCAAUCACCGAUGACAUCAUCACUGCCGAUAACACCACCACCUUCUCGUCUUCCUACUUGUCCUACACGAAAAACGAGAGGUUCACAACCCCUAACUACCAAACACUGAUGGCCAUCGUCACGGCGAAACACGUAUCUCACAUUCAAGCCACAGUGGUAUGCGCAAAGUCCAACGGUAUCCAGAUACGCAUCCGGAGCGGCGGUCACGACUACGAGGGUCUAUCAUACAUCUCCUCAGUCCCAUUUGUCAUCCUCGACAUGUUCAACCUCAGGUCUAUCACCGUUGACGUGCCAAGCAAGGAAGCUUGGGUUCAAUCCGGUGCCACAUUGGGAGAGCUCUACACAAAGAUCAGCGACGCGAGCGAAACGCUAGCGUUCCCUGCUGGCGUUUGCUCCACUGUAGGAGCUGGAGGACACAUAAGUGGUGGAGGGUACGGGAAUCUCAUGAGAAAAUACGGACUCACGGUGGACAACGUCGUUGAUGCACUAUUAGUUGACGUCAACGGCAAGCUCUUGAAUAGAUCUACCAUGGGAGAAGAUCUCUUCUGGGCGAUUCGUGGUGGUGGUGGUGGGAGCUUCGGAGUUAUCCUCUCUUGGAAAAUAAACCUAGUGGAGAUUCCAAAGAUCGUGACCGUGUUUAAGGUUAACAGAACAUUGGAACAAGGUGGAAUUGAUGUUCUCUACAAGUGGCAGUUUGUCUCGUCCAAACUCCCUGAGAGUCUUUUCCUAAGAGCAAUGCCUCAGGUUGCAAACGGAACGAGAGGUGGGGAGAGAACCAUCGCGGUUGGGUUCUACGCUCAGUUCUUGGGUCGAGCCGAUGAGCUUGUGUCGAUACUGAACCAAGCCUUACCUGAACUAGGUAUAAAACGCCAAGAAUGUCUAGAAAUGAGCUGGCUUAACACCACGUUGUUGUGGGAAGACCUACCUGUCGGUACACCGACAAGCGUUCUUUUAGACAGACCGGCUAAACCGGAAAAGUUCUUCAAGAGCAAAUCUGAUUAUGUCAAGAAACCAAUCCCUAAAGAAGGAAUCGAGAAGCUUUGUAAUGCGAUGUUUAAAAUCAACAAUAAUAUCGUGUAUAUGCAGUGGAACCCUUACGGCGGCGCGAUGGACAAGAUUCCGGCGAGUGCCACACCGUUUCCUCAUCGGUUAGGGAACUUGUUCAAGAUACAAUAUUAUACGGCAUGGUUUGACGCAAACGCCACGAAGGGUAGUUUGGAUAUGAUGAAGGAGUUGUACGAGGUUGCGGAGCCGUAUGUGUCAAGUAACCCGAGAGAGGCGUUUUUGAAUUAUAGAGACAUUGAUAUUGGAAGCAAUCCGAGUGGUCAGACAAACGUUGAUGAAGCUGAGAUCUAUGGGUCGAAGUUUUUCUUGGGGAACUUGAAGAGGCUGAUGGAAGUUAAAGCCAAGUAUGAUCCUGAUAAUUUCUUCAAGAACGAGCAGAGUAUUCCUCCUGCUCGUGUGAAGUAG